GUAGCUGUAUCCAGUGGGGAGGUCGGCUCGACCCGGGGAGGCCAGAAUGAAGUUCGCCCAACCCUGGGGACGCCAGAGGCUGUCUUUUCUCCUGGAGAAGGCCGCCUCUAGGGAAGCCCAGACGUGGAAAAGCUACGUGGCCAAGAAGCCCACCUCCCAGGAUGCAGACGUCUCCCCGGCGCAGCGGGACGAGGCGGUGCGCUGGCUGACGGAGCUCCACGGCCGGCUGCAGCUCUACCCGGAGACCCUGGUGUUAGCCGUUAGCAUCCUGGACCGCUUCCUGGCUCCCAUCAAGGCCCGUCCAAAGUACCUGCGCUGCAUCGCCGUCGCCUGCUUCUUCCUGGCUGCCAAGACCUGCGAGGAGGACGAGUGUGUUCCCUCUCUGAAGGAGCUGGUUGCCUGCAGUAACUGCGGCUGCUCUCCGUCAGAGAUCCUGAGGAUGGAGAGACUCAUCCUGGACAAACUGGACUGGGACCUGCACACCGCCACCGCGCUGGACUUCCUGCACAUCUUCCACGCGAUGGCGACGUCGUCUCGCUCCGGCUUCCUGGACUCCGUCGGGUUGAACCGCUCCCAGCACCUCGGCCUCCUCACCCGCCGCCUCUACGCCUGCCUGGCUGACCACGCCCUCAUGCAGCUGAGGGGAUCCAUGCUGGCCCUGGCCCUCAUCAGCCUGGAGCUGGAGACCUGCUGUCCUGAUUGGCUGCCGCUCACCAUCAACCUGCUGAGGAAGGCUCAGGCGGACAGCUCGGCGCUGAUCCGCAGCAGAGAGCUGGUGUCACGCAGCCUGUCCACCCCCAGAGCUUCCCUGCCUCCCAACACCGUUUACAUCUUCCACCCCCUGCAGCUCGCCGCCCCGACCCGCCGCCCGCCGGGGACCAUGGAGACGUCCAGGGACCAACCCGACCCGACGGCGGCGGCGGCGGCGGCCGGAGAGGAGAGCAAAGCUCCGCCCCCUUCGCCAAAACACCUGAAGCAGCUGCAGAAAGUGACGCUGCGCUGCAAGGCCUCCACCAAGCGCAAGGUGGAGCAGAUGGACGUGGACGAUUUCUACGACGGCAUCAAGCGCCUCUACAACGAAGACGUCACCGCCGCCGUCCACGAGGGGGCGCCGCCCGCAGCGGGGGGCGGGGCUUACGGCGGCGGCUCCUCCCCCUGCCCUCCUCUGCAGCCGGUCGGCGCCUCGUAAAAAACGG